UCUCACUGCCAGACAACAUCAUCUCGCCUGCCCACUUCGCGACUCUCAGUACGGACAGGAAAGACGGUAGCUCACAAUGGCUGAUCUCGUGAACAGGCAUAAGUCCGAGCUGGACCAAGAGGAGACUAGGAGGCUAGAGGAGUACGAAAUCUCCCAAGGUCCCCUCUCCGUCCUGCAGCAAUCCGUCCGCAACCACUCGCAAGUGUUGAUCUCUUUGAGGAACAACAGGAAAUUGCUGGGGAGGGUCAAGGCUUUUGAUAGACACUCGAAUAUGGUCUUGGAGAACGUAAAGGAGAUGUGGACAGAAUACCCGAAGAGCAAGAGCAAGAAGCCCGUGAACAAGGAUCGCUUCAUCUCCAAGAUGUUCCUGCGCGGCGACUCGGUAGUGCUAGUGCUGAGGAACACCGCAUGAACAACAGGAGAUGAGGGUUUUGGGAGGAAGUUCAUUUGUCAUCGCUGGGCCAUUGUGGCUCUCAGCGUCAAAAGCAUUCUACAUCCAAGCUUCGGAUGCAAGGGUCCCUUUCAUCAUUACAAUGUAUCUGUAUCCACGUUGAUGCUGCCAGGCUUUUGUCAGUCUGGUCGAGUUCGACAAUCCGUCGAGUACUCUAGCAUGUCAUUGAGAGGAGCAAGCAAAGGAAGGUAUGAAUGGAAAGAGAGAUGCAGGAUGGAAGGGCCAAAGAGGCAAGCUCAUGCAGGUGGAAGACAAUGGCCUCACCGCUUCCUCGUCGAGCUUCUCCUAGCCGGUGUAGCCGAGGCAGCAUUGCUCCUCGUAGCUUUCGUACUCCUAGCCGCCGAUGCUGGAGUUCCCUUGGCCGGAGUCGCAGCAGCAGAAGGUCUUGCUCUAGG